UGGCGAGUGCUAUUCAGUCGACUAAAAGACGAGGUGCUGCACAGGUGCGACCCCUUCCGUGCCUUACAACAACAACACAAAAAUACCCUUUAAUCCGCUAUUUAUUUAUUUUUUUGUACGUGAUUUUUUAUUGAACCGUUUUUGUUCUUUUUUAUCCUUACACCUGGUGAUACCAAUCCACCUCGCAGUUGAAUUUUUCGGGGGGGAGAAGAAAAGUGUUUCAGUUCGCUCACCUUGCAUCAACCCCCGUGCACGUCUGCCAAGUUCAACGAACCAAACCCUUUGUUUACUCGUCCCAACUUGUUUAAGCGACAUCCGUGCACGUACGUGUGUCCCUGCCAACGGCUAAUCUUCGAACUUGACCAAAAAAAAAAAAAAAGCCAAGGUAUUUGCCAAUUAAAAGGAUCGCGUCAAACAGAGAAAAGGGUUGGGAAAAAAAAAAGGAAACAAAAAACUGAAAGUUUUUGUUUUUUCACUUUCGGUGUCUUAAAAUAAAACGGCGAAAGAGUAAGUCUUUUUUAGAAAAAGAGAAAAUCUGGCCACCAUGGGCCGAUGGAUGCAUUUCUGGAUGGCCGGCCUCUUCUUCUGGAUGAGUGCUAGCUUGGCUCAGGAUCCUAGUGUCGUCCUACCCCAGGGCGAGAUACGAGGCGUAAAAAAACCUUCGAAUAAGCGUUCUACCGUUGUCGCUUUCCUCGGCAUUCCUUAUGCUCAGCCGCCUGUAGGACCACUCCGUUUCCGGAUGCCCGAAGAAAUUCAACCGUCAAACAAGGCCAUCAUCGCCACCCAAUUUGGGCCGGCGUGCCCACAGCCUGACAUGGAUCGAUUGAAAACGUCAGAAGAUUGUCUUUUCGUGAACGUUUGGGUUCCAGAGUUACCAGUGGACUUAUCGGUCAAGACCUAUCCUGUUAUUGUGUUCCUGGAGGGUGAAAUGUUCAUUCAAGGUAAUCCUGGCAAGUAUCCGGCUGAGGAUCUGGCAGCUGAAGGACUUGUCGUCGUCUCCGUUCACUAUCGCUUGGGUAUUUUCGGCUUUUUGUCAUUGGAGAGCCCGGAAACACCUGGCAACAUGGGCCUCUGGGACCAGCACAUGGCCCUCAAAUGGGUUCAGAAAAACAUAGGCAAAUUUGGAGGUGAUCCGUCUCGUGUCACGCUUAUGGGUCACGGAUCGGGAGCAGCCAGUGUUUCCAUGCACAUGGUUUCCCCAACCUCGAAAGGACUAUUUGAACGAGUCAUAGUCAUGUCUGGAUCGCUUUUCGCACCAUGGGCUAUUUCGCAUUAUCCGAAAGAUGCCGCCCAAGCUGUUGCCUAUUUACUUGGGUGUCGAUCUCACCGUGUCGACGAGCAUUUGCUUCACUGUCUGCGAGAGCGUGAAGUGCCCGACAUUCUGCAAGCCUUUUCUCGCCAUCAGAAAGAUCUGAACACCACCGAAUUGUUCGGUCCCGUUGUCGACAGUUUCGCGCCGAUGGAAUCAGCAUUUUUUGGCAAAAAUCCUCAAGCAACUUUGCAAAAAGGCGAUUUCGAUAAGAAAAUGCGUGUCAUGACCGGCGUGGCAGAAAGCGAAGGCGCUGGCAUGUUGAGUAUGAUUCGUAAUUUGGCCCGUCGGACGUACGACGAUCUAGUGCAUUUGGUUCGGACAGCUUCGAUCCCGCGAGCUGUCGACUUUUACGGUUUUCGUACCGCAUGGCAAGCUGUCUAUCGUACGAUUCGUUACCACUAUUUCGACAAAGUUGCUGACAAAGAUAAAGCCGGCAUGUUGCAGCAGCUGCUUCAGUUCUAUUCGGAGGCUUACUAUAAAGCUCCGCACGAUCAUUUCGUGACUGGGCUGGUCAGAAAUAACGUGCCGACUUACAUCUACCGUUACGCCCACGCCACCUCAGAUCCGUUCAACAAUGUCCUGAAUACGACAGGAGCUCCUCAUGGCUCAGAAUUGCUGUACUUGUUCGGUCCCACCGUCUACCGUCAAGAGAUUGGGGUAGGUUUCAGCCGACAGGACGAGGCCGUCAGUGACUUGAUGAAACGUGCCUGGCUCGAAUUCGCUUCUUUGGGAGACCCCACGCCGUCACAGUUUGGAUUCAAAUGGGAACCGUCAACUAAAGAUGAACUGAAAAACUACGAAAUUCGCGAACAGCUGGCUCGUGUACCUUACCCACGACACAAAGUGGAAUUCUGGAACGAGUUUUUACCGUCAUUGGAACGAGCUGCGCGUGGAGAAGAAGACGUUGCCAAUCCUACCAACAGGCCCCCAUUCGACAGCCGAUUCCGUGGCGGACUUGCCGGCAGAACUAUCAAAUAUCGCACCAGUGCAACGCCACCAUCACAAUCACCCACAUCAUCACCUCCACCGCCCGUCUAUCAUGUCCAUCCUCCAUCACCACCAUUGUCGCAAUAUUACUUCAACCAUUCCGAUCAAGCGCCGUCUCGCCGUCUUCCUUCGCUGGAGAAGAGAUGCACCAUUCGAUCGAGGAACAAUCGACGCCUUCACGACCGUUUAAGCGAUCGCUUUACCCUCAGUUAUCAUAGCGAUGAUGACUGCUAUUGGGUCAAUCCCGUUCAGCGCUGCGACACCGUCAAAGCGGGACGCACAUGCUGGCUGCAGCUGGAGGAGCAAGCCAAAAUGGCUCGUCUGAGAAAGAGGAGACUGAACGACAAUCCGCAAAUUCGUUUGGCCAACAUUCUGCAUUCAUCGCUGGGCGCACUCCCGCCGGGCCAGGUACAGGUGUCUCUACGUCGUCGUCGGUCGGUAUCCCGUUUAGCCUACUGCUAUCAAUCGCAGCCCGACUUGCGUUGUCGUUCGGCCGCCUUCCCGCACGCGGAUAACAAUGAGCUCAUCCUGACUGCAUUGUGACUGACAGAGAUAUAGUUCAAGUUUGACGGAUUCCUACAUUGUGUUAUACCGUUUUCCUGCCAUGAAGAAGAAUUGAGUUUGUUAUCAACCCGAUUUGCAGUGCUGUUGUUGGGAGUCUGAGAACAGCACGCACAAAAAAAAAAAAAAAAAAAAUCGCAAAACUAUUAAAUAAUUAAGGUUAUUGAAGUGCCAGUGCUUUCUGCAUUUGUUUUUGUUUGUUUUCUUUUCUUUUUGAGUUUCGAGAUCGACACACUUCCCAAUCUUUUACUAUACGUCUAUCAUUUUUAACACGCACCUUCUCCCUUACACACGAGGCACUAACAUUGAAUAGUAGUUCUGUCGGCUGAUAGCCUACAUUUAACAAUUUUUGAUAUACUUGAUGUACGUGUUCUUUUCUUUAAUGUAUGCGACUGUGACACUUUUUAGUUUGGUUUUCAAAUUUCCGCGCAAGUUUGUACAAGGAGUCGUUGUUUUGUUGUGAAUGUGACGAAUGCCGCUGUAUGCCAUGCAAGUUGAUCAGCGUCCAGAACCGGACAUGUUGUUGUACGCGUCGAAUUGGAAUCAAUGCCCUCUCCUUUUUUUUUUUUAGCCUUACUGUAACAAUACAUUCAUUUUUGUUCCA